AUGGAACCUUACCCACUUGCCGCGCAUCUCUCCAGCGAGGCGCGCUCCUCGCCGUUUUCUCCACACGCCUUUGACUCCACCGGCCAUGGCGUCCUCGUUGCACGCCGCCCACGUCACGGCGGUGGUGGCCACGACACCUUUGGAGAGCGUGAUCAGAGUGCUGCGCAGCGUGGCCCUCCGCUGCGGCUCAGCACACGCCGACUGCAGGUGUUCAGCUACGUCCUCGCGGAGCUUAGCAGUGCCACGACGCUCCUGCCGGACUACACAAAGGCGAUCCUGAAUCUCUCGCGGCGGCUCGUCGGGGCUUGGCAGGCGGUGACAGCAGCCGCAGUUGCGCGAACGUGGUAUGAGCACGCGCUGGUGUGGGCAGCUCAUCAAUGGAAGCGAACCAAAACUUCACAUUUGAGGGCAUCAUCGUUGACGAAGAAGGCCAGCGAAAGCUACGGGGCUUUCAUGAGGGUGUCGAGGCGCUCAUCGCGAAGGCGAGCAGGAGAGAAAAAGAAGCGGUGCAGCUCCGUGCCAGUCACCGCAGCAGCUGCUGCAUCGUCACCGUCCCCCGCUGUUGCUGCAGCACUCUUCGACUCGGCAGCCGCUUCACACAAGCGCCGCCGACUGGCCCGAGAGGCGACGCCAGCGGCUGCAAGCUCGGACGUGGCUCUGACGGAUCAGAGACUGGGGAGGUCGCAGCAGCCGUCCAACACUCCCAGCGAUGGCAGCGCACCGGCCCUGCCUUGCGUCGACUCCCCUACAUCAUCCAGCAAACACCUGCAAGCUGACGUAGCAGCGACACCACCGUUGCCGUCGCCCUCUGAUCGUUGUCGUGGGGGUCUCCACAGCCGCGUUGCCCACAAGCGCCGCCGGCAGCUUGUGCAAAGAACUCUGCAACAGCUGUGGCUGGAUGCGCAGGAGGCGGAGGACAAGGCAGGGCAGCAUGUGGAGUAUAUUCGCGGCCUCGUCGUCAACGCCUUGUAUCAGCAAUACUUGCAAGUCACGGUCGAGGCUAGCUACCACGACGUGGUUCUGUAUCGAUGGCUCUCGCCGUGGCUGUUUGCGGUGCGCCGUGGCAGCGCUGGCCCGCGGCAGACGUGGCUGCGCCAAGGUUAUCGUCAGCGCUGCCGCAGCGCGUCGGCCCCCCAGGGGGGCGGGUCUCUCCAGCACGCGCUUCAGCACCAAGCUGCUGUGCAGGUGGUUGCUGAUGUGCAGCUUCUGCGGUAUGUGCUAGGCCGCGCUCGCAUUGCGGCGGGCCCAUCCCGUGGCGCAGGGAGGCGCAGCAGCAGUAGUGGCGACUCUGGCAUCGUCGUGGCAUCGCUGGCGAUGGGGCACGGCAGCGCGUCCAGCGUUCCUUUGCCGCCAACCACAGCUGCCGCGCGAGGCGCCGUCGGUGCGGGAGGUCCUGCAUCCUUUGCCACCGUUGAUGGAGGCGGGGCCGCCGCCACCGCAAGCAGUGAGGGGACCAACAGUGACGGUGUAGCUGCACGGCGGACUGCCUCAACUGACGGCAGUCGGAGUUCCUCUGGGCUGAGCACCCACGACCCCUUGGACGACUGCACGCUCGCUGUGCCGAUGCCCUUAAAGUCGUUUUUACAGGCGUGCGUGUUGUUCGAUCCUACGCACUGCGCCUUCGCUCUCAUGUCGCGAUGCGUCCUGCUCGCCCAGCACGUCCGGAGCGGGGACGAUGAGCAGGCGGUGCCGCUCCACGUCGCGCCAGAUGGGAAAGGGGCUUGGCAAGAAGUGCGCGGCGGAGUGGGCAGAGCCGAUGAGGGCGCGACCGAGGGGGUCGACGGCGAAGCGCCGGCCCGGGAGUACUUCGGCCUCUUUUACGUGGUUAUCGCCCGGCGUGCCAUCGGUGGUUGCGCCUGCACUGCCAUGUGCUUCGGCAACCACAAGUUCAUAUUCGUCCGCUGCCAUGACACCGAGGCGCUGCUACGAGAGGCGAUGCCGGGCGCGGAGAGCGACGGGGGUGCGUGUGAGGGGAGCGAGGCAUCGGCGGAAGCGACUGAAGAGGAGGAAGAGCGGCACCCCGCUCACGUGUCACGUCUAUCGGCUGACGCAGAUGCGACGACGUGCACAUCGAAUGAGGCGGUAGGGGAGGCCGAGAGGCUUGCAGGUACCGAUGCGCAGACACCGCCCUCCGCCUCCACUUCCUCGACGGCUGGGAUGGUUGCAACCGCCGAGGGCCACCGACGCCACCUCCCCCUUUCCCGUUUUUGUUCCCACAGCCGACGGAUGGACAAGUUGACUUUGCCGUCGCCAGCACGCGGGAUCAGCGCUCUCAGUGCACACGACGCACAUCGACUCAAGCGUGACGCCACUGAGAAGAGCGGCACUGGCGAGCGCGGUCGCGUCGCCGAAGCGGGUCCGUCACGCAGGCCACCGUCGGAGGCGGCAACGCACUCGUUGCCUUCGUCCCCGAGAUCGACACCUCCGAGCGGCAGUGUGCAAUGCACGUUGUCUGGACAGCCGCACUCGCCGAUGCGGCUGCGCCUCUCGACAGCGGCCGGUGGGAUGAAAGCGACGGCGUCCACCGCGUGGAGUGGCGCAGCGCUCGGCGCUGCGGCGCUGCAGUCGUCGACUGCCGAGGAACGUCUGCGGACGCGCGCCCUGACGCGGCAAGCCCCUUCGCCACAUGGGAAGCGGUUAUUUACGCAGACGCUUUCGGCGACGCAGGACGCCUCUUUCACCGACUGCGCCAUUGCUGCUGCACCAGGCCGUGCAUAUACGGCAUCCACCAUAGCGUCGUUGGCCCCCGCACUGCGACAGCCGAUCAGGGCCGACGCGCGCAGCAGUGCCGCCCUGGUGUCGGAUGCUUCUCUCCAGUCGCUCGCCGCACGGGCGGAAUCGAUGCCAGCAUGCUCACCGCUGUCACCACUGCUGCAAGGGACGGCGAGUGUCUUUCCAGGAGACGACGCCCUUGCCGAUGAGGAAGACGUUGAGGCCGAAUUCUCCUGCGCAUCUGCGCUCAAGCCCCUGCACACGGAAUCCAGCCGGCAUGCUGUGGGUGGUGGCCUUGCGACGCGCUGCACCGCCUCCGCUACACACCCCAUGCCAGGCUCGGCGCUUCUGCCAUGCCGGGCUUCCUCUUCCACAUCGCUCACCUCUUCUUCCUUUGUUGCCGCCUUCAGUGACAGCGAUGACGACGCGCAGGAUGCAGACGCCGCUGAUCGCGCCCGUUGUCUGCAGCAACGCCACGGGUUCACCGCAGCGUAUCCGGAUCGCAUCGCGGACGGAGAUGAUGAGCGGAGCACGGAGGAGGAAGAUGCAACGGCAGAAGACGGUGAAGGAGUUUUUGGCAGCAGCAGCACGCAAGCCUUUGUCGUUAUGCACUCGGUCCUUUGCAGCUGUGGGGCACAGGACCUCACGAGCGAAUUUGGCGAGGCUACAGAGCCCGCGGCGGCGGCAUCGCCGUGGUUCACGACAGCAGCGACACCCAGUUUCUUUGAGCGUAGUCACGCACGUCGACGCCAGCUGGAUACGCCGCUGGAAUGGCCGAGUGCGCCGCUGGGGGACAGCGUGCAGGGGCUGUCGGGUCGCUCUUCCGUGCCUUGCGCAGCAGACGCGGACUUUCCUUUCUCGUACUUCGAGCAACGCGUGCUACUGCCGCCUGGGAGUGGACACGAAAGGCGGGUGGGUGGCGGGUGCAGCGGCGGCGGUGAUGGUGAAGCUGCUCAUCCUCGCGCUCCACUGAUUGAGAUGGAGCAGAAGAAUCUUUCUCCGACGCUGCCAUCCGCAUGGGCAGCUGAGCCGACAGAUGCGCCGCUUGGCGUUGCCUGCCCGCGUGCUCGAGCGGCAGGUGCUGAAGCUGCUGCAGCACAACAUAAAGCGGCCGCCACCGUUGGAGAUGCUGGUGCGCUGCCGGUGGAAGUCGUGGUGUCUUCGCCACCGGACCCCGAGGAGUCCAAGCUCUAUGACUUUGCGAAGGAAUACAGUGGCCCCGAGCCGAAAGGCACAUCGUCUUGUCAUCGCCAACACGCGUUGUGUGCUGCAGGCACGUCCGCGGUGGAGCCAUCAGAGGGGGACAUGGCGUUUGCUGCGGAGCUGUAUGCACGGCUGCAGUUCUGGAGUCUGCGCGGCCAGGACCGAAGCGCUUACAUUGAUCCCUCGUGGACGCGGCAGUCAAGCCACAAACGCCCUGAGGGGGAGAAGUGGAGCGCGCCGUCUGCCUCUCACAGCUGCGCCGGCAACACGGAGACCCUGGAGGAGCUGGUGGAAGCUGAUCGUCAGCACCCAGCGGCACCGUUCGCCAGCUACGCCACAGGGGUCGAUGCUCCCAGGAGAGUGCAGACUGGGAUGAGUCGUGCAGCACCAGGCACACGAACAAGCGACAAGCCGGUGCCAGGCGAAGCAUCGCAGUCGUCGCCGGACUCGUCGAUGAACGCAUCUGACGGCGUCAGCUCGAAAAACGCUAUCGAGCUUCCACUUCGCCUGCUCCACUGCACGGUCGGCACUAUUGCGCUUUCAGAUGAGGCGCUGCAAGCGCCGCCGAGGGCGGGUACCAAGGUGCGGAAGCGUCGACGUGCCGCGCACGCUGACGAGCGGCAGACGAAGCGCAGGUCGAGGGUGGCAGGGAGCAGUGGCGCGACGGAGGAGGAAGCGGACGAUCCUCUCGCAAAAGACGCCGAGGAAUGUGAUGAGGGAGGUGAGAGCUUCCCGCGCUUGCCGUCUCUCAUGACCGUCAAUGCGCGUGGCAAAGCGCUUCUCUUUGAGGCUCUGCGCGAGGCCACAGAGGUGGUGGUGUGUGGCGUGCGAGAGAGCCGUGCCCACACGGGUUACCACGACGUGCUUCAUCAGCGCUGUCCCCCACCGCCUUCAUCGACCUCGGCAUCCGCCGCGCCGCAGAACGGAGCCGGCGUGCGCUCGGAGGGAGAUGCAGGCCAGGUAGGUCACGACCCGCGUGCUGAUGCGGCGGUGACACCGACGACUGGUACGCCAUCGAAAUCGACGUGGAUUACGACCGUGAACCCGUGGAUGGCUGCUGCUGCUGCGGCGCAAGGGUGCAGUUUUCGUGUUGCAGCCGGCACGCUCUCCCGUGACGGACGGAACCCCUUCGCCUUUGACACCCAUCGGCACCUAGGCGUGUGCGGCAUCGUCUGCUGGUCUCAAGGAGACAUCUCGCGCGAAGAGGAGGCUGGAAGCUCGCCGGCGGACGUGAGUGACGACGAGGCUGUGAUGACCAUGGCGGUGCCGACGGAGGACAGCGCGCCCCACGGUGCGGAAGGGAUUAGCGGCGCCACGCACCACCAGGAUCACGUGCGUCGCUCCGAUUCUUCUCACAUGCCCAAGUGGCGGUGGCCGAAACUUCCCGCCAAUGACCACAAGCAGUGGCGCUGCGAGCUGCUCAAGAGCGAGUUCCGUUUGGCCCGAUCGCGGUGCCUCGACUGCCUUCUCGUCGACCAUACCCAUGGCCGCCCGAUCGCAGCGAUCACGCUGGCUCCUUGGUCGUGGCCACGUGCGUGCUUUGGCUUACCCUCGGACGCCGUCUACAGCGGUGACGACGACGGGGACGACGAGGGGGUGCCGUCGAGGCGAUGCACAGAGCGGCAUCGUGCUGGCGCCGAGGCCGCGGACGCGCCGUCUCCACAGGAGGUGGUGCAGCGCAGCGUCUACAUCGUGGUUGGCUUCACCCACUACAUAGCACCGCUAUGGCGGCACUUGCGAGAGGAGAAGGCGGUGCUGGUAGACAUGGACCGCACCCUCAUCGACAACGCCAUCACGGAGCGCUCGGCUGUCGAGCGGCAGCGUCACCUCCGUCAUCUACGCCGCGUCGUGGCGGCUGCUGAAGGCGUGGCGGGGGCUGAAAACCCGUGCGUGCUCUGGCGCCGAUACCCGGCGACGCCGUCGUCCGAGCGCUUCGCCGGCGCGCCGCUCCGACUCGGCCGCAACGACGCACCGCCGCUAACGGCAGAGGAGCUUGCCGAGUCGAUGGUGAGAGGGGCGGAUGGGCAGCAGGAGGGCGUGUUGCACCUGGACAGCAGGGGACACCACCUCCACAGCAACGGCACUUUCCAUUUUUCACACAGGCGUACCGAGGCUGUCGAGGACGAUUGUGUGCUGCGGCCGGCCAUACGACAGAGGCCUCCGCACACUCCUGAGCCCCUGUUGUCUCAUGCACAGGCUACGACGGGCGACACCUCUGCCCUCUCCAGUGGCUGCUUGCUGCAGUGCUUCAUGCGCCGCACCGCAUCGCAGCGGCGUAGUCUUGGCAUCGUGCACUACGAAGAAUGCGGCGCUGUCAGAUACACUGCUGCUUCCCCAUCUGCACUAGGGCCGGCUUCGGCAGUGGACUCGCCGUCCAAGAGCGGAUACGGCCACGGCUACAGCAGUUUUGCGAGCCGCGACACGCGAGAAACGUCAUCUGCGUCAAGCGCCGAUGCAGAUGCUCUCAGGUCGAGCACCGCGAAGUCUGCCACCACUUCAGCGACUGCGGCUGCGACGCCUCCGGCCCGCUACUUGCUCGAUGUCGUGUACGUGCGUCCCGGUGUGCGCCAGUUCCUCUACCGUGUUGCCACCCAGUGGAACAUUCCGGUAGUGCUGGUUACAAAGUCAACGCGGAGCCGCACCGAGGCCAUUCUGCGCCAGGUGCUCGACCCGCACAGAGUACUCUUCCCCGACAUGCGAUCAAGCGUGGUGACGGCGGACGAGAUGCUUCGCUGGUGCGAUGACGCAGAAAGGCGUCAUGAUGACGUCGGCACGGAUGAGGAGGCGUCUGCGGCGUCAGACGUCGGUUUCGCUGGUCCCGUGGGAGGAAUGCCAGCGGGCCACAGCAGGUCUGCAACAUCAAGCGUGCCCAAUUCAGCUCACGCGCGCCUGGUCCCGUUGCAGAAGCCGGCACCGAAGAGCACGGCUGAGCGCAUUGCACGAUGCCGCAAAGGCGCCCGGCGCGUUGUGCAGUUCAUUUUGGAUGCCGCCGCAAUGACAGCGGCUCGUCGCGCGUGGCGCGCUCCGGCGUGGUGCGACUGGCCCAACCGCCUGCCGAAGCCGCGCAGCAUCGCUGUGCUGGAUGACGCGCCGCAGGUAUGGGAGGAGUCGGACUGGCCGUGUACGGUGAACGUGGCCCCCUACACACUCGCCCGCGUCGAUCCGCGGGCGUACUUCAGCCGUCGCGGCUACGUCACCUCCCUCGUGCUCUCUUGCUUGUACGGGUCGAAGUGCUUGGUGUGCAGUGAGGGUGUGCUGCGACUGCCAGAGUGGCAAGGGGCUGAUGCAUUGACAUCCCCGUCCUCUCCCCACACUCCUUCAGCUACGCUGAGCGUGCCAGAGAGCCGUGGACUCGGGGCGUACCGCUGGCCGCACUGCGUAUGCGUGUGUCCGCCAGAUCAUCUUCGCGACCUCGCCCGCGCGGAGGAGGAUGUCCCGGUUGGCUACACUAACACCAGCUUCAGCGCCGCCGCCUCAGAUCUGUCGGCUAGCGUGAGCGCGAUGCUGACGGCGCUGCUCUGGCGCAUGUCGAACAACGCCGCGCUGUGCAGCUCCCAGCAACCACUGCUGCUGCCGGCCAUCGAGGACUCGGUGGCUACAGAGCUGACAGAGCAGGCAAGAGGUGCUGAGAGCCAGGUUGGGGCAAGCCGCCGUGGUGGCGGCCGCCGACGUCGGCGCCGGCGCCACGCCUGCGAUCUGGGCGCGACCAUGUGUCCUGCCAGCGAAGACCGAUGCGAGAAGGCCCUCCCUGCCACGGCGACAGUAGUCGAUGUGUUGAGGCGCGCCGGAAGGGCUAUGCGGCCAGGACAUGUCGACACUGAAGGCAUCGCGUCUCCUUGGUCUCCCUCGUCUGCGGUGUUCGCUACGGCGACAUGCCACUCCUUCUCCUCUGCCUCGGCCUCAGCACAGUCAGCUUCGUCACCGUCGUCAUCAUCGUCAGCGUCUCGCUCGAACCCUUCGUUGUCGUCCACCACCGCCUCCUCAUUCUCGUUGGAGCCGUUCGCAUGGGGCGCGGGCUUUGGCCAUGCGGCGGUGAACGCGAGGACCGACACUUGCAGCUACGCGCCGAGUACCAUGAUGACGGCCGCGUCGAUGCCGCCGACUCCGAUGACCUUCCACGCCUUUCCCGACCUGCCGCUUGAGUCCAGGGUGCUAGGCGGUGUGCCUGAAACAGACGAUGACGAGCAGCACGGAUUGCGCUUCAGCAUGGGCAGUUUAUCUGCCAACACUACGGCUAGCAGCAGGAAUACGGUAAGGGGAGAGAGUGCAGCCUUGCAGACUCCCCCAUGGGACGGCUACACUGAUGCGACCUCGAACGGCUACGAAGCGCAUUGUUUGCGUUCGUCUGCAGUGGAUGAUGUGAUUCCGUUGGAGAUGCAGGCGGCACCGUCGGUGCUGGAGCCUCUUUGCACACCGGGUAGUCCCAGCUACUGCACUGAGGACGUAGGCGGGGCGCUUGCCAUGGCGUCGGUUGACUCGGUCCCGUGGUCGUCUGGUGGUUCGCAUAAGGCUUUGCGGUCGAGCAGCAGCUUCACGCCUGCGCCCAGGAAGGGUGUCGUGCCCAUCACCUCUGUGCCGGGGACGCUUACAGAGAGGGUUGUGGUUGAUGUCGACGAGCCAGCGCCGCCGUGGGUGUGCGAGGCAGAGCUGCAGCGGCCGCGGCACCGACUCCUCGAUGACCUGCUUGACGAAGUCGAGGAUGUCACCCCGCUGUGA